CGCACCUCUCUCGCCAUCACCUAACCUAACCAUGGUUUGCUCAGGGCUUUAAAUUAACCCCCUCCAUUACACAUCUCCCCUGUCCCUCUCCCUCUCGCAACCCCCCACAGCCCCUCGCAAGCUCUCGCGCACUCUCGCUCGCUCACUCAGGCACGAGAGAGCGAGGGAAGAAGGGGGGCAAGAACUCGAGACCCGGGAGGCGGAGGCGGAGGAGUGCCGUGCCGGGGAGUGGGAGGUGCCGGUCCCUCGCCGGACGCCGGACGAAAGAGGCGGCUGCGCCGCACCUGCCAGAUCUGCGGCCCCGCCGGCGGCGGGCCGCCAUUUCUGGGUGUCCGCAUUGGUUCAGGAUCUUAUUAUCCAAAGGUUGGGCUCAUCGGGUUUCGUAACAGCUUCCCACUCAAGCUUUCUGUUGCUUUCUAUCUAACGUGGAAGAUGGCGUCCGUUGCCUGAUGAUUGCUACCGUGACACCUUUCUCGCACUCUAGCACCGCGUCAUCUGCAGAAUUUGAAAGGCGCAAGAGAGCAAUUCCUUUGUUGUCUGCCAUGUCUCGCAACUUGAAGAACCCUGUCCAGACCCAGAUGGCAGUUUCAGCCUUGAGCAGCUCUCUGAUCGGUGAUUAUCCUAGCAAAACUAGAAGCGAGGGGAGGGCUGUUGGAUGGAAACGUGUUUUUGUCCAGACUGACACUGGUUUUGUACUGCCUGUUCAACUGGAUCGUGGUGACAGUGUACACACAGUCAAAAGAAAGCUGCAGGUGGCCCUCAAUGUUCCUACUGAGGAGAGUUCUCUGACGCUCGGUGAUCAUGUCCUCAAGAAUGAUCUCAGCAGCAUCCGAAAUGAUUCACCACUGCUCCUGACCAAGACCUUCAUGCAUCGGAGUUCCUCCAGCCCAUGCCUGUCUCCUACAAGCAAGGAUCUCCAGCAGCAAAGGGAUAGGGGUGGUCCAAUUGAAGUUUUAGUGUGUCCAACCCGCUGCAUUCAGGCAAAGCAGCUUGUUAAGGAUGUUGCUAGGGCCAUAAGAAACGGUGUGGAUCCAAAACUUGUCAAUAGUGGGCUUGGUGGUGCCUACUAUUUCAAGAACAGUAAAGGUGAGAAUGCUGCCAUUGUGAAGCCAAAUGAUGAGGAGCCGUUUGCACCCAACAAUCCAAAAGGUUUUACUGGGAGAGCCCUUGGGCAGCCAGGCCUCAAAAGAUCAGUUCGAGUUGGUGAGACCGGUUUUAGAGAGGUUGCUGCAUACCUUCUGGACUAUGAUAACUUUGCUAAUGUCCCCCCGACAGUUCUUGUUAAGAUUUCACAUCCUGUAUUUAAUGUGAAUGAAGGCGUCGGCUCUACCAACAAGAAGGCUUCUGUGGGUGAUCCGCGAACUGUCAGCAAGAUUGCCUCAUUUCAGCAGUUCGCUCCUCAUGAUUUUGAUGCUAGUGACCUUGGCACUUCAAGCUUCCCUGUAGCUGCUAUUCACAGGAUUGGUAUUCUUGACAUCCGAAUCUUCAACACUGAUAGACAUGCUGGAAAUCUUCUGGUAAGAAAGGUGACAGGAGCCGAUCAAUUCGGCAAUCAGACUGAGCUGAUUCCUAUUGACCAUGGUCUCUGCCUGCCAGAGUGUUUAGAGGAUCCUUAUUUUGAAUGGAUUCACUGGCCGCAGGCGUCAAUCCCAUUCUCUGAGGAUGAGCUUGAGUACAUAGGGAAACUUGAUCCAGUGAAAGAUGCUGAGAUGCUUCGCAUGGAGCUGCCUAUGAUCCGGGAAGCAUGCCUCCGAGUGCUAGUCCUCUCAACCAUAUUUCUGAAAGAAGGCACAUUAUUUGGUCUUUGCCUUGCGGAGAUUGGUGAGAUGAUGAGCAGGGAAUUUAACGGGAUGGAUGAUCAGCCAAGUCAGCUAGAGGUUGUCUGCAUGGAGGCAAGGAGGCUAGCAACUGAACGAGAAGAAUGUUCCACAGAACAUGAUUCUGCAGAUGAAGAUGUGACCCAAUUUGAACUUGACUGUGAAGAUCAUGAAAUGCCAAAAACACCACCAGCCUACCAUUUUGAAUUUAAGGGGGGAAGCUCCAGAAACCCGCUGUCUAAAUUGGAAGAGGCCAUUGAAGAAGAGGAAGAUGACAUUCAGGAGGAGGAAGAAAGCAAUGCAGAAAAGUUAGCUUGCCCCAAGCCUGUCAAUAAGUGGCUUCCUAAUAUUUCCAAGCUAUCAACCUCACUGAGCAGUGUCAGUCUCAUGGACAAAAGCCAGCGUCAGGUGCCUGCUAUUCCGAAGGGUGCGGAUUCUGUGAAAACCUCUGAAAACAGCCAAGUUGGCAACUGGAGGACCGCGAAUGAGCAGCUCCCAACAAGCGCAAGCUUUGUGAAGCUGGCCGACAUGGGUGUGGAUACAUGGGGCCUGUUCCUUGAGAAGUUCCAGGAGCUGCUCCCUGGCGCAUUCCGCGCGCACAAGCUUGGCGCCACCGGGCAGAGGGGGAGGCUGAGGAUGGGUACUUCUUGUCAGUUUUGAGUUAGUGCAGGAGUAGAGAAGUCAGUUUGGCUGCUGCUGUUUGCUGUGGCUUCCUGUAGGUGUCAAGGUAUGCGGUCGGUCGUCGAAUAAAGCCAUCCUUUACAAUAGGGUUCGAGCGUUGAAUAUGCCUGCUUCAGAGGUCCAUGUUCAGAUGAUGGCCUUUCCUGUACAUAGUUUUCCUUCUUUUUUUUUUCUUUUUUCUUUUCUAGCUAGUUGCCUGGAGGAGGUUGGGAUGUGAUGUCUGCCCAGUUCUUGGCCACCCAAUUCCUCCAUGCAUGAUAUGCAUUCAAAGGUGCCGUUCAAAUAAAAUAGACAUGCAAGAAAAAGUUUCUGGUGUGGUAAUUAAACAUUGUCCAGAUUUCAGAGUAAUGUUAUAUUUCAACUUGAAAGGUUUUUA